AUGCGGCGACAUACUCAAUUACUAAGCAGAUGCAUCAACACUUUCAAAGUGCGAUUUUCCACAACUUCCAUUUCCCGUGCAGACACAUCGGAUCUCACAUACGAUUCAAGAGCACACGAAAUCGCAUCUACUGCAAAGGGAGGACGCGACAGAUACUACCCACGAAUCUCAUCUAUACGAGAAAGGAGUAGCAAUGGAUCUGUUAUGCGUGUCCCUGCGUUUCGUAAACAUUUUGAUCAUACUGAUUUUAGCUCCCUUGCCAACAAUCGACUCGAUGAGGACUACAUUGUUGAAGGACGAAUACUAGGCGUUCGAAAAGCUGGCAAAGGAAUGUACUUUUUUGAUUUAGAACAAGACAAUACCCGAUUGCAAAUCAUGGCUACAAACAAACUCACGCAAAUGGAGAUUGACAAGUUCAAUCAAAUGCAUGGUUGGUUCAAACCUGGUGAUUAUAUCAGCUGUACGGGGUACGCGUCAAGAACAAAAACUGGUGAGCUUACAUUGAAGGCUAAUAAGCCAAUUGAACUAUUGACACCUUGUUUGCUUAAAAUGCCCAAUAAAUUGGUCGACAAAGGAAUCAUCAACAAUAACAGAGUACUCAACUACUUGGUCAACCCUGCCUCCAAACAACCCAUAAUUAUCAAAUCGAAAAUCAUCCAGUGUAUUCGACAAUUUUUAAUCCAGCGGGAUUUCUUGGAGGUGCAAACUCCCAUAUUGAGCAAUGAAGGAACCGGUGCUAAUGCGAAUCCAUUCAAGACAAAAUUCAAAGACACGGAAAUUCAGUUGAGAGUGGCACCAGAAUUGUGGUUGAAGAAAUUGGUGAUUGGGGGGUUUGAUAAAGUGUUUGAAAUUGGUAAUAAUUUCCGUAAUGAAGGGAUUGACCAAACGCAUAAUCCCGAGUUUACAUCGUGUGAGUUUUAUCAAGCUUACACGAGUUUGGAAGAGUUGAUGCAAUUGACGGAAGAUAUGUUGAUGGAGAUUUUCAAGACAUUUGGUAUCACGAUUCCUAAUGGUGCAAGCUUUCCUAAAUACGAGUUUUUACCAACUUUGGAAUCCACCACUGGUGAACCGCUUGAUGACUUAUCCUUUGAUGGGAUUUUAAAAUAUUACAAUCGUCUCAAUUUACCAAUCCCGCAAGGUGCCAAUCCAACAAGCUUACUAAAUAACCUAAGUGAAACAUUGCUAGAAUCAUUAAGUGUCACAAAACACCCAAACACACCAGUGUUUAUCUACAAUCAACCAGAGAUUCUAUCGCCCUUGGCGAAAUCAUCCGUGGUAAAUAACAUCCCCAUAUCUUCACGAUUUGAACUAUUCAUCAAUGGUAAAGAGUUUGUCAAUGCGUAUGAGGAAGAGAAUGAUCCACAACAACAGUUUGACAAAUUUAGACAACAGCAAGAAAAUAAGCGGGAGUAUGGCGAUGAUGAAAUGUUGAUACCUGAUUGGAACUAUGUUCAGACGAUGAAAUUGGGAUUACCACCAACUGGUGGGUGGGGAAUCGGAAUUGAUCGAUUGGCAAUGUUCAUCAGUGGAGUUGAAAGGAUUGACAGUGUGUUGCCGUUUGGAAAUUUGAGAGAUGUUUUGAAGCAGUAG